AAUUAUGUCAUUACCAUUUGGCAUGGCUGUUAUGAAAUUAAUUGACAUUUCAACCCAUACGUCUUUGAUGAAAUCUGCCUACAGAUUUGCGGUAAACCAUUACACAAUUUUUAAGCAUAUGAGAAAAAAGAGUUCAACUCUGUACUACCUGAGACAGUAUCCCUCCAUUAUCUUAUGCCCAGCUCGCAGUACAACAGAGUGUGCUGUUUGCUUUCAUGGAGAAAGGCCUUGUGCUUUUAGGCCAAACAACAUGCAAGUGGAUGAAAAAUACUUUUUAGAACAGCUUUGUGGCCUCAGCUCAACCAAGCAAGUUCUUAAACUGCUGGAAGCCACUAGCCAUAAAACGGACACCAUCGUUGCUGCAGCAUUUCUUAAAAUAGCUGAAAAUGAAUCCAAAAGUGGACUAACGCGAAACUCAAAUGAGGUGUUUGAAAACAAGGUUUUUAAAACUAUAUUGUGUCACUUUGAAAAAGGGUGUCAAACGGUUUCUACAUAUAGCCUAGUAAACACCAUUAAAGCGCUUGUUCAGCUUGGAAUAAACAGUCAUAGUACCAUAAUGGAAAGUUUAUUGCCUGAAUGUCAAGAGCGAAUUAACAGAAGACAGAUGACAGUUGAAAGCCUUUGCAUUUUAGGAGAAAGUCUGUUAGCAACUGAAGGACCAAACUUUUCUAUGUUACAGUCUAUUAUGGAUACCGUGCAAGAUAUGCAAGUUGACACCUGGACACCAGAAGAAAUAACAGUGGUUUAUAGCUUGUUACAAGCUGGACUAUUUGAUGGAAGUAAAUACCAAAAUUUAUUAAACCGAAUGCAUAGAGCUAUAUUUUUAGCAUCAAAACAAUUAAAUCCCAAAGUAACCUCUUCUGUGCUUUAUUCUUUAGUGGCGCUUAAACAGACAAAUGCAAUGCGACUUUUUAUAAGACUAUGUGAGUUAUCUUUGAAUUAUGUACCUAAAUUUACAGAUGAAGAACUUGUUAAAGUGUUGGUGGCCUUGACAGAGUAUAAUUACAAUGAUCCUUUGUUUACUAAAGCUUUGGAGAUUUACGUAUCUGAAAAGGUCUUCAAAAUGUCACCAGAAGCUGUUAGCCAAGUCAUGCAAUAUUGCAGCCAGAAGGAAAUUCUAUCUAAGCCAAUUUUUAAUGCUGUUGCUGAAUAUUUUGUGUACAAUUCAGAACAUUUUACCACUCACCAGAUUGCACAGCAGAUUAUACCAUUUGGAAAGCUGAACUACCUCCCUCCUGACACAUCAGUCUUUUUCAGACAGCUUGAAAAACUGCUAGUCAGUCGUUUUUCUCAAUUUCAUCCCCAGACCUUACUUAAUAUACUACAUUCAUGCACUCUUCUGCAGCGAUUUCCAGUGAAUUUUUUUGCAAAAAUCUUCAGUCCUCAUUUUAUUCAACAGUUGCAAGAUCAGUCUGGGUCCAUUGAUCCCCUUGUGCUUGGUCAGCUCACCCAGCUCUACCUUACAGUCAUCUUAGAAUGCCCUUUCUAUAAGGGCCCCAAGCUUCACUCAAAGUACAGACAGAACUGUUUUAUGGCUUUUGGAGAUUUGCUGGAAACCAAGCUUAACACAGUUUUGUAUUACAAAGUGGAAAAUGGACUGAUUGAACUUUUAGGUUCGAAAAAGUAUUUUAAUUUCAGCGUGCUGUCACCCUAUUGCUACACUCUAGAUAUAGAAAUUUGUCUGGAUGCUGAUGGGGUUGUUUUAUCUAAAGAAAAUUUGAAGGGAUCUUCUAAAAGAAUUGUACUCUGCCUUGAUGAUGAAAAAAAGUUCUGUGCCAACAGUCGCAACCUUCUUGGAAAAGAAUUUAUGAAGCAAAGGCACUUGCGCUUACUUGGUUAUCAAGUUGUUCAGAUUCCAUUUUAUGAAAUCAAGAACUUAAACACUGCUGAAGAAAUCAUUGACUAUCUUCACAUAAAAAUGUUCCCUCAUUCUUUUCGAAUGAAGUGGUGACCGACACACAUACACUUCAAGCAUACUGUAAUGG